AUGCUUCCUCCGCCAGUGCGGCGGAAUUCGCUGUGCCUCUUCUGCGCCUUCGCCGCCCGCUCACGCCCGCAACCCCAACGCCUCCUCCCCAGAAUUCAAGUCGCGCAACGCUCAGGCUCGGCCAAAUACUCAAAAAAAGGUGCAAAAAAUGCUGCCGUCGCCCAAGAAAACCUUGUUCGCGUAGGCGCCCAUAAGCCCCGCUCGCCACCCGACCGCGUUGUGAGCGAGAAGUUGCUGAAACUCAAGGAUGAAUUGACCAAGCCCGAAUGGCUCGAGAGUUUGCAGCUCAGCAGGAAGGAAUUUAACGGCGAAUGGCUGGCCUUUGAGACGUCUGUCAAGGCAUGGGUCAAACGACCAACGCUCGAGCUGUAUACACUGGCAAACCAGGCUCACCGGGGAAAGGAUACGCUGAAGACGCGAUUGCAACAUCUCUUCUAUAAACAAGCAUUCGAUGGACGCUUCACGGCGGCCGAGUUGGAGAACCAGAAAAAGGUAGCCGACUUGCGGUAUCCAGCCGAGUGGUACCCGGCGACAAGAGGGAUGCGGCGAACGAUACACAUGCACGUUGGCCCAACCAAUUCUGGCAAAACCUACCAUGCUCUCAAGCGCCUCGAAGAAGUCAAGUCGGGCAUCUACCUCGGGCCGCUGCGCCUCCUCGCCCAUGAAGUCUAUACCCGUCUGAAUGCAAAGGGAAAAGCAUGUGCUUUGAUUACGGGCGAGGAACAGCGCAUGCCAGAGGAAGAGCGCCCCCGCAUGUACAGUUGCACGGUGGAAAUGGCUCCACUGAACACGCCGUUUGACGUCGCCGUCAUAGACGAAAUACAAAUGAUCAGCCACCCGGAUCGCGGCUGGGCUUGGACGCAGGCUUUUCUGGGCCUGCAGGCGAAAGAGAUCCAUCUAUGUGGAGAGGCGCGAACAGUACCAUUAAUGCGUGAGCUUGGCGCUCUUGUCGGCGACGAAGUGCACGUUCACGAAUACAACCGUCUGACCCCGCUCAUGGUUGAGCCGAAAAGCUUGCAAGGGAAGCUCAACAAACUCGAGAAGGGCGAUUGCGUUGUUGCGUUUUCCGUGCUGGGCAUCCACGCUCUACGGCGAGAGAUUGAGAAGAAGACGGGAAAGAAGUGCGCUAUUGUCUACGGGAGCUUGCCCCCAGAGACGAGAGCUCAACAAGCGCGAUUGUUCAAUGACCCAGACAACGAGUACGACUUUUUGGUAGCCAGUGAUGCUAUUGGCAUGGGUCUCAAUCUUGCCAUUAAGCGCGUAAUCUUCGAAUCCACUAUGAAGAAUGACGGCAGAAGCUUUGUUCCUUUGCAAAUCUCCGAAGUCAAACAGAUUGCCGGUCGCGCCGGUCGCUACAAAACAGCCCACCAAGCAGUGACAAGCGACUCGAAACAAGCUCUAGGAAAUGAUGGUUCUGCCGACCCUACCAUUGGCCUGGAUGACAAGCUACCCGACGCCCAGAUGACAAAGGCACCAGAGUCAAAAACGGUCGGAUGGGUUACGACACUAGAUCCGGCCGACCACAAGAGUCUGAUGGCGGAUAUGAAGCGGGAGCCCGAAGAGAUCAAGACAGCUGGACUCUUUCCGCCUUCGCUGAUUGUGGAGCGAUUUGCAAACUAUUUCCCGCCCGGUACACCGUUUAGUUUGAUCCUGAUGAAACUACAUGAGAUUUCGGAUAUCCACCCGCGCUUUCACCUCUGUGCGCUCAAAGACCAGCUACAGAUUGCCGACGCGCUCCACACAGUCAAGAAUCUCAGCGUUCAGGACCGCAUUACGAUUUGCGCUGCACCUAUUAACGUACGGUCUAUUCCCGAGAAGACGUUCCUGCAAACACUGGCAACAUGCAUAGCCGAUGGCAAAUCGGGAAAUCUGCUAGAUAUCGAGAGUCUGCCACUUAGUGUCAUGGACAGGCCUUCUUCUGGUGAGCGGGAAUAUCUGUACGCACUCGAGCAAUUGCACAAGAUGAUUGUGUGCUACCUUUGGUUGAGCUACCGCUUUCCAAACGUCUUCACAACCAAGUCGCUUGCCAACUACACGAAGAAGCUCGUCGAAGACCAGAUCGAGAAGACGCUUGCCGAGUUCUCGUUUACCGAAGAAGCGAUAUUACGACGGAAGCGGACGAGAGCACAGGCGAGAAAGGAAAUGGAAACGGAACCUGAGAGGCCAGUCAUGGAUGUUGAGGGACAUAAGACUGCUGCUCCUACGGACGAUAGCAACGGAUACCCAGACGAUUUGGUGGCUAGUAAGCUCUAUUCCAUGGCAGCAGAGCACGAAAGUCGGGCUACGAAGCUCUCGAACUAGGUUUGCGAUUUGCUGGAUGGCAUGAGGGUAGACUUGACGAAGCGGAAUGGGGCUACGUCAGCCAGUGCGUAGAGGAAGGUUUUCACGAUGUCGCAUGUGUAUCAUAGUGUUUUGGUGGCGCCCAGUGCAUGUACUGUGAGGCAGCACCAUGUCAUUAUCUCUGUAUCAAGAUCAAAUCAAGUUUCUUCGCCGC